ACUGUGUCCUCUUGCCUGUGCUCCUCUGCUCGCUCUGAUUUGAUCUCAGAUCCGUACACAAUGGAAUCGAGGAAAGAGAUGCUGCUGAUAAUAGAGCGAGGUCAGCAUGGCAAUCCUGUUGGCAGGAGGGUGGCGAAUUUGUCAGAACCAGCUGGAAUCCCAGGCACCGAAUCCCAUGAAAACGUGGUCCACAGGAGUUGCUCGAGUCCUGGGUCGGCGCCGAUGACGCUGGAAAGCGGAGAUGAGGAGACUGAUUCGAGGACCGAUGCUGGCACUCAGAUAAGACCGGGCUCAGGGCACUCUGCCCCCGACAAGGCUUCGUCCGAUGGCCCGGCCAAAAGCAAAUCUCUUUCUGUGCAAAACAGCCCGGAAACAGAGUCAGAUUAUUAUGAUGAGAUAGAUGUUAGUUGCACUCCAGACUGCCACGAUUACCAAGGAAACAAAGGGCACUCUGCUGAUCCAAUGGGCAGUAACGGCGGGGGUGAGCUUCCCAAAGUGGCCGGUUCUCAGAGUUUGCUGGGCGGUGGAGGAGCCGAUCAGAUGCGGCGGUACCGGACUGCUUUCACCAGGGAACAGAUUGCCAGGCUGGAAAAGGAAUUCUACCGGGAAAACUAUGUCUCCAGGCCCAGGAGAUGCGAGCUGGCAGCGGCUUUAAAUUUGCCAGAAACCACCAUCAAGGUCUGGUUUCAGAAUCGCAGAAUGAAAGACAAGAGACAGCGUUUAGCGAUGACCUGGCCACAUCCGGCCGAUCCUACCUUUUACACCUACAUGAUGAGCCAUGCGGCGGCCGCUGGUAACCUGCCCUACCCCUUCCCAUCACAUGUACCUCUCCACUACUACCCACACAUGGGCAUGUCUGCAGCCUCAGCCUCAGCCGCUAGCCCUUUCACUACCCCUUUGAGACCUCUCGACACCUUCAGAGUCCUCUCCCACCCCUACCCACGGCCAGAAUUGCUGUGUGCAUUCAGACACCCGUCUCUCUAUCCUUCUGCCGCUACCCAUGGACUUGGCAGCGCCGGGAGUAGUCCUUGCUCGUGUCUAACUUGCCACAGUAGCCAAUCCAACGGAGUGGCACAGCGAGCUGCAGGGACGGACUUCACGUGUGCUUCAAGCUCCAGAACUGACACUUUCCUCACAUUUACACCUUCUGUGUUGAGUAAAGCUGCUGCCGUUUCUCUGGACCAGAGAGAAGAAGUUCCUUUAACAAGAUGAAUCAACCUGGAAGCAUGCGAAAACAUCUAACUUCAAAAGUGCACACGAUUUUCUUAAAAAAGAAAGGUUUGAACACUAGCGGAAAUGCCGGGUAUCUGGAUAACUAGUCCUUGCUCCAACACUCCAUUACACUGUAUUCCUGCAGGACAACAUCUCACUUUUCCCUGUAGAGUGGAUUUGAUUCGUUUUCCUUGGUUUCCUACCAAAUGUGUCAUAUGCUGAUGAGAACGUUCUAGUCGUGUAUCUGUAUCGUUGAGGUUUUAAUAGUAUAUGUAUGAUAUCUUCAUUAUAGAAGCCUGGUGCCAAACUUAAACAUGCCACUGAGGAAAGGAUC